GAUGCAUUAGUCAGUUUUAAGAAAAUAUUAUGUUUUGCAUUCGGCAACACUGUGCUGGUAUAGCAUCAUGUUUAUUUGGCAUUUUUAUCGCAUAACCAUGAAAAACACUAGCGAUACAUGUACUUUAUUGAUAAAUGGUAUUAUUGACUAGCUUUUUAACAUAACAUCUGAGAGUAUUUUCUUGUUGCUGUCUUUUUCAUCAAAGGGUUACCCCAAUUGAUUGAUUGAUUAAUAUGGGUUGACUGGAAGUGCAGUGAGUUUGUGAUUAAGCCACACGAUGGAUGAUGAUCGCACGGCACAGGUACAAAAUUAUAAUGAAUUUCGUGGGGCGAUUGAAAAUCUUGAGGCACCGCUCCACCUCCUAACGGUCCAAAGCGACAUGAAAAAGAGAGAUUUGAAGUUUGAGUCCCAGCUGACAGAGAUAGACAAGAGCAAGGAGGGAAAGAUAGCACAGCGGAAUAGUGCAAAGGGGGCAUCUUUAGCAAACUGUUUCUCAAGUCACUUUGUCAACUGUAACUGUCAUGAGCAGCUCGGCGAGCCUGUACGGAACUGUCGUUUAACUGAGGGCCGAGAGGAUAUUAAGGCAGAGAAGAAACAACAACAAUAACAACAGCAAACAACAACAAAAAAAAAAAAACACACAAACCCCAACUACAGCUGAUUAUUCUCUGGCUUUGUAUCCAAGUGCUUCAUGGCUGCCACCGAGGCUGUGCUCCCUUCCUUCAGCUCCUUCUCAAACCUCUCCGAUAUUAAAGUGUGGAGGUCCGAGGACAGGUCGCCACCUCUGGGCCCCGAGCAGCUGCAUCUCGCCCAGCAAGUGAGCGGGGAACUUCUGAACGACGAGAGCCAGGCUUCCUGGGACAUCGAACUGCUGUUGUCCGACUGGAGCAGCCCCUCGCCCGGCCUCAGCCCUGCCCCCCUGGACCGUAGUGAUGAGAGAGUUCAGCAACACUUAAACCAAGACAGAGCGUACCAUGAGGCAGGCAUGCUUAAGGACCAUGUGGGUCAGGAACAGAUGGACAUUGGUUUCAUGGGUGAGUUUAUGUCCCCGAGAGCGCCAUUCCAGCCACAUGUGUAUCACCAGGGUUACAAUCAUGACUCAGCUGAUCAGAUGUCAGCUGCCAAUCAUGUAGAGCAGUUUGGCUUCUCCCAGGAAAGACAAAGUGAGGUCACAUCCUGGGAGUUCAUUCCAUGUUACACCCCGCAGCAGCAUCCUUCUUUGGUGGCUUUACCCGACGGCAGGUUCAUCCCACUCCAAACUGCGACCUCCGACCCUCGACACUACAACUACCCCUCCCACUUCAGUCACAGUCCCAGCCUUUUCUGUGACUACACCCACAGCCAGGCCUCAGGUCGUUUGGGUCUCCAGCAACAGAUGGCCGAACCGCAGCUGCCCCCUGGUGAGGUGGAGGUGAAGCGCGGGCGGAGGUCUGCCGGGAAAAAGAAGCCUGCCGUCCACAGCUGUGAGUACCCAGGCUGCAGCAAAACCUACACCAAGAGCUCGCACCUCAAAGCUCACCUCCGCACACACACCGGGGAAAAGCCUUACCAUUGCUCAUGGGAAGGCUGCACCUGGAAGUUCGCCCGCUCUGAUGAGCUAACGCGUCACUACCGCAAGCACACGGGCCAAAAACCUUACGAAUGUGUGCUCUGUGAGAGGGCCUUCUCUCGCUCUGACCACCUAGCACUUCACAUGAAGAGACACACCUGAUGCCAAAGGAUGACGUGCUCGGUGGCCAAUUUAUCGGGUACAGAGCUCAUCUGAAAUCCAGUACAGGUGCUUUAGCAACAAUUCUGCGGAUGCGAAGACAAGAAGGUUACAUUUUGAAUAAUGCUGUCAAUCCUCUGCAGUUGAAACUAAUAAGAUAAGGAAUUACAAACUUUUUUUUUUUGCGGGGGUGCACAAUUUACAGAUACCCAAAAGGUUUACCUACAUUAAGAGUUUGUAGUGUAACUAUAUGAUCCCAAAUAAUUGAACAUCACAUCCAACUAAUUUUAAAAUAUUACCGUUAAAAAAAAGACUUACACAUUAUAUGAUUUUGAAAAGAUGCACACAUAUUUGCAGUAGUAAUAAUAAUUAUAAUGUAUUAUAAUGUCAUCAUUAUUGUCUUUGCAAUGCAUUCAAAAUGUCUUUAAAUUUCAUUGUUGAUAAAUGAUUUUUCAGCUUUUUUUUUUAUUUUUGGAGCCUGUACGUUUCCUGUGAUAAAUAGCAGAAGUAAUUUAUUAUUGAAGAUAGAAGAAUGUUUUUUUUUAAUCAUUAUUCAAAUAUUCUUCGUGGCUUAAUGUAGAGCCACACAUUGAAACUUCAAUCUGUUUAUGAGUCUAAAACUAUUCACAUUUGUAACCAAAGCCAGAAACAAACAAAUUCUUCACGUCAUGUGAAAAAUGAGCUAAGUUCAUAAAUGAUGGCCCAGUGGGCAACCCAAGAUAAGCAAACCCUGUACACAUACGGUGCAUGUCGACAGUAAACUUUGAACACUAACACAAGAUCUACUGAGAGGUGAGUACCGGUAGGUUUUAAGAUUAAGAUUAGGCGCUCACGUGAAGUCUUGACCACAGGUGCGGUGAUAUUUUUGUUCUAUUACUCUCAAUUUCUUCCAUUUUUCCUUCCACUACAGUCGUUUUUUUUUUUCUUCUUCUCGAUUUUAAUUAUUUGAUUCACAAUUUAACUUGGGGUUGUGUAGUAUUGUGUUUGUCUGGAAGGAUCUUGACUGAAGGGGGAAAAACGCACACUGUCUGUGUAUCUUUUGUCAAGUGAUCUAAAUAUUUAUUGACGUUUUAUCUGCUAGAUUUUAUGUGAUUUUUGUAUUGCAUUUUUACAUUAACAUACAUGUGCUCAAAUGUCUUGAUUAUUGCUUUCACUGUCACAGUCUAAUAAAGACCACUUUUACCUGAAAUACCACUACCCAGUUUAUGUGGUCUUUAAUGUAACUCAU